AUAGACCUUAAAUUCGUUAAAUUCUCUAAGGAAUUGGGUAGGUUAUCAUAGGGUAGGUUGUAAGCUUGGAAAAUGAAUUGGAGCUUGAGGUGAUUCUCUUGCUCCACAGGAAAAAAUGGAUGGUCGGAGAAGAAACCUGUUCCAGGCUUCAGGUUUCAGUGGGCUCCUGCCUCCAUCUCAUUUCCAAACCCGGCCCCUUCUGGACAUGUCCAGGAUCCCUUCUGUCCAGUGCCCACCCUUGCCUGUAGUCCUGCCUUCACCCCAUGUUGGUCAUGAUAACAAUGAUCGUAGAUGGGGGCCUCAGAGACUACAGAUUUUGAGAGAACAAGAUGGGGCAGGCGAUAGUGUGGAUAGCGAAAGAAGGACCAGGUUCCUGGGCCAAGUAGGGCCACAGGACUUGAAUUCCCGGACUGAGAUGAUCUCUCGGCAACUGGAAGAGAUUCAGAGACUUGCGAUCGACAGCCAGGCCUUGCGGUUGGCUUCAUUCCAUCAGAAUGCUUGUCUGGCAACGAAGGCUGAGGAGCUGGAAGUCUUGGGACAGACAAAGCAGGCUAUGCAGGUUGAAGUAGAGGAGCUUCGUGCUGCCUUGGCUGGGGCAGAGGUCUUUCGGAAGAAAUUGGAAGAAGAAAACAGACUAAAGCUGGAAGAGACUCAGAAGUUGCACAAGGAACAGAUCUCCCAUAUGACUGCAGCUCACCAGGAAGCUCUUGCUACCCUGGCUAACAAGGCCCAUGAGUUGGAGGAGAAACUCAAGACCAUGGACUCUAAGCGGGAGGAAGAGACCAAGGAGUUGGCUGUCGUACAGAAGGAGACUAAGAUGUUAAGGGAGGAAUUAAGUAAGGCCCAUGCAGAGCUCAAGACCCAGGUGGCCCUUGUUGUGCAGCUUAGGAGGUAUGUAGGGGAUCAAAUCCCACCAGAGAACAAGAAACAGACAUGGGAGCAGGAGCGGAAGCAACUGCUGGAGACAGUGCAGCAUUUGCAGGAGGAUCGGGACUCCUUAUGUGCUACUCUGGAGUUGCUACAGGUUCGAGUGCAGAGCCUCCAGAACAUCCUUGCCCUACAGGAAGAGGAGCUGGUUCGGAAGGUCCAGCCCACAGACCCUCUGGAGUCUGAGGCAGCGAAGAAAGUUCAGGCCCAGCUGAGUUGUUGGAGGGAAAAAGUGUUUGCCUUGAUGGUGCAGCUGAAAGCUGAGGAGUUGGAACAUAUUCAACAUACCCAAAAGCUGAAAGGAAAGGUGGCAGAACUUGAAGGGGAGGUAGCAUCCUGUGCCCAGGAGUCAGCCAUCUUGCAUCAGUCCCUGCGGGACAAAGCUGCUGAAGUGGAGGUAGAAAAACUUAACAGCAAGGUAUUGCAGGGGGAGCUGUACCGAGCCCAGGAUGCCAAGCUGUGGCAGCAGCAGCAGAGAAAGAUGGCUGAGGAGCACGUGAAGCUUGUGGCUGAUGCUGUGAGCAGUUCCCAAAGCUGGCUACAGGAUCAGGUAGCUAAGGUGGAGGAGGCUGUAGCUCAGCUUCCUAGCCUCAACAGCCGACUUGGUUAUGCUUCCCGACGGGUCCGCACUAUUCAAGGCCUUGUGGCUCGGAAAAUAGCACUCGCACAGCUGCAUCAGGAACAGAGCGCCCCACCUCCACUGUCUGAAGAAAUGGGACUUGAGUUGCAGCAGCUAAGAGAAGAAAGGAACCGCUUAGAUGAAGAGCUACAACUGAGUGCCUGUCUCAUCCAACAGGAAGUGGGCCGGGCCCAGGAACAAGGGGAGGCAGAGCGGAUUCGGCUAAGAGAGGAGGUCCGGCAGUUGGAGCAGGAGCUGCAAAAAACCCAGGAAUCUUUGGCUGAGGUUGGGAUUCAGCUGAAGGCAGCUCGACUGAGCCAGAAGGAGAGCACAGAAGAGGCUGCCUCCCUUCGGCGGGAACUAAACCAGCAGCAAGAGACCUAUGGGAGAGACUUACAGGAGAAGGUGGCUGAAGUGGAGUUGAGGCUUCGAGAUCAGCUUUCAGAGUUAGAAAGAAGACUGAAUGAAGCCCGGAGGGAACAUGCUAAAGCUGUGCUCUCCCUGCGCCAGGUCCAACGCCAAGCAGCCCGAGACAAGGAGCGUAGCCAGGAGCUGGGACGUCUGCAGGAGGAGGCCCAGAGGGAAGAAGGAUUCCGGUUGAGGCAGAAGCUUCAAGAACUGGAACGAGAAAAAAACCUCCUGUUGGCCACCCUAAAGCAAGAGGGUCUCCUUUCCCGAUACAAACAACAGCGACUAUUUGCAAUUCUUCCUUCCUCAUCACUGGAACCUGGCUCUGGAACCUCUCCAACUCUACGCUCCCCGAAGCAACUUGUGAAAGACUCCUCAUUUCUCUCCUCAUUGCUGCAUGAUCUGCAGGGAAUGAGUGAGGUUAUCACUCAAGAAGAGGAGGGAGACAGUGGAGGAUCCUCCUCUUACCAGUUGUAAGCUGUGAAGAGGAACAGACCAGGUGGAGAAGAUAGCAGGUGGGACCACCUGCCGGCUCUAAUCGCUGAGCUACAUCUGCCUUGAUGUCUGUGAAUUUUCCUACAUUGAAUAAAGGAGGUUUUAGUAGGAUCUGUGAGUUUGGAAAUAUUGUCUCUAAGGAUUUAAGGAUGUCUUCCCGGCCUCUUUGCCCCAUAUGCCUCCUUCCCCCUUUCCUAUGAAAUGUGAGAUUUUCCCUUUGUAGCUCACUCCCAAGAAUAAGAGGCUUUUUCAUAUCCCCAUUCCCUAGUUGGAGGUGGAUAAUAUUUUGAGAAGCAACAAUUUUUUAUCAAAGAUUUUUUUUCAAUUAAAAUCAACCUUAAAAAAAUUAAAAUCAGCCUUCU